GACCCCGGCCCGGCCCCGCCGCAAGAUGUCGGCGCGGACGCCAUUGCCCACGGUGAACGAGCGCGACGCCGAGAACCAUACAUCUGUGGAUGAGUAUACUGAGCCCCACAUCCCGCCUACCAAGUCAAGCAGCAGACAGAACAUCCCCCGGUGCAGAAACUCCAUUACGUCGGCAACAGAUGAGCAGCCUCACAUUGGAAAUUACCGCUUACAGAAAACGAUAGGGAAGGGGAAUUUUGCCAAGGUGAAAUUGGCAAGACAUGUGCUAACUGGCAGAGAGGUUGCCGUGAAAAUAAUAGACAAAACUCAGCUAAAUCCUACCAGUCUACAAAAGUUGUUUCGAGAAGUACGAAUAAUGAAGAUAUUGAAUCAUCCUAAUAUAGUGAAAUUGUUUGAAGUUAUUGAGACAGAGAAGACCCUCUAUUUAAUCAUGGAAUAUGCGAGUGGGGGUGAAGUAUUUGAUUACUUAGUUGCCCAUGGAAGAAUGAAAGAAAAAGAGGCCCGUUCAAAAUUUAGGCAGAUCGUGUCUGCAGUGCAGUAUUGUCAUCAAAAGUGCAUUGUUCACCGUGACCUUAAGGCUGAAAACCUUCUCCUUGAUGCUGAUAUGAAUAUUAAAAUUGCUGACUUUGGUUUUAGUAACGAGUUCACAGUGGGGAACAAACUGGACACAUUUUGUGGAAGUCCCCCGUACGCCGCCCCCGAGCUCUUCCAAGGGAAGAAGUACGACGGGCCCGAGGUGGACGUGUGGAGCCUCGGCGUCAUUCUCUACACGCUGGUCAGUGGCUCCUUGCCCUUCGAUGGCCAGAAUCUGAAGGAACUGCGGGAGCGGGUCCUGAGGGGGAAGUACCGCAUCCCCUUCUACAUGUCCACCGACUGCGAGAACCUGCUCAAGAAGCUGCUUGUGCUGAACCCCGUCAAGAGAGGCAGCUUGGAACAAAUAAUGAAAGACCGAUGGAUGAAUGUAGGACACGAAGAAGAAGAACUAAAGCCAUACACUGAGCCAGAACCGGAUUUCAAUGAUAUAAAAAGAAUAGAUGUUAUGGUCACCAUGGGUUUUGCACGAGAUGAAAUAAAUGAUGCCUUAAUAAAUCAGAAGUACGAUGAAGUUAUGGCUACUUACAUUCUUCUAGGUAGAAAACCUCCUGAAUUUGAAGGUGGUGAGGCACUGUCCAGUGGGAACCUGAGUCAGCGGUCCCGGCCCAGCAGCGACCUCAACAACAGCACCCUGCAGUCCCCCGCACACCUGAAGGUCCAGCGAAGCAUCUCCGCCAAUCAGAAGCAGCGGCGCUUCAGCGAUCACGCCGGCCCGUCCAUCCCCGCUGCCGUGUCCUACACCAAGAGGCCCCAGGCCAACAGUGUGGAAAGUGAGCAGAAAGAGGAGUGGGACAAAGACGUGGCCCGGAAGCUGGGCAGCAUCACGGUCGGCUCGAAAAGCGAGGUGACGGCCAGCCCGCUCGCGGGCCCCGAAAGGAAGAAGUCCUCCACCAUCCCCAGCAACAAUGUGUAUACCGGAGGUAGCAUGGCAAGAAGGAACACGUACGUGUGUGAGAGGACCACGGAUCGGUACGCAGCGCUGCAGAAUGGAAAAGACAGCAGCCUCACGGAGAUGUCUGUAAGUAACAUCCCCUCGGCCGGCUCUGCGGGAGCCUCCGCCGUCCCCUCCGCCCGGCCGCGCCACCAGAAGUCCAUGUCCACGUCUGGACAUCCGAUCAAGGUCACGCUGCCAACCAUCAAAGACGGCUCCGAAGCCUACCGGCCCGGUGCCCCCCAGAGAGUGCCCGCCGCCUCCCCGUCGGCGCACAGCAUCAGCGCCGCCACCCCCGACCGGACGCGCUUCCCCCGGGGCAGCUCCAGCCGCAGCACCUUCCACGGGGAGCAGCUCCGCGAGCGCCGCAGCGCCGCGCACAACGGGCCCCCCGCCUCGCCGUCGCACGAGCCCGGGGCCUUCGCGCACGCCCGGAGGGGCACGUCCACGGGCAUCAUCAGCAAGAUCACCUCCAAGUUCGUGCGCAGGGAUCCAAGUGAAGGCGAAGCCACUGGCAGAAUGGACCCGUCCAGAAGUGCACCCGGAGAGCCGAGAGAGAGAGAAAAGGAAGACGGUAAAGACGCCAAGCCCCGGUCCUUGCGGUUCACAUGGAGCAUGAAGACCACGAGCUCAAUGGACCCCAAUGACAUGAUGCGAGAGAUCCGCAAAGUGCUGGACGCGAAUAACUGUGAUUACGAGCAGAAGGAGCGGUUCCUGCUCUUCUGCGUGCACGGCGAUGCGCGGCAGGACAGCCUCGUGCAGUGGGAGAUGGAAGUCUGCAAGCUGCCACGGUUGUCGCUCAACGGGGUCCGCUUCAAGCGGAUAUCGGGGACAUCGAUUGCCUUUAAGAACAUUGCAUCCAAAAUAGCAAACGAGCUUAAGCUGUAAAGCAAUCCACAUUGGCAGGAUCAGGGAAGACACAUCCGUGUCUGCGAUACAGUUCUGAAUGUACUGGUCAUGUCUGAUGUCGUCUGCCUGUGAAUCCCCCUAUAGAACCUGCCCUUAAUGCAAUAAGGCUAUACAUAGUCAUGAACUGUAAAAUUAAAGUCCAUAUGAGCUGUAAUAAAUAUCUGUAGCCGACAAAGUAGGUUCACAUGUACAGGUAAGUAUAUUGUGUAUUUCUGUUCAUUUUCUGUUCAUAGAGUUGUAUAAUAAAAUCCAAUUGCUUAAAAACUUGUAUAGUUGUCUAGAUUUCUGCACAUAAUGUACGUUUGAUGCUCUGACUGGAAAUGUUUUUCCCUGUUAUUUACAUUCUGAUGGGUUUUUUAAAUUCUUACCUCCAUCAUACAAUUUUGAAAAUUGUGUCCAGGAUUAAAGGUACAAGAACUAGUCUUUACCAUUGUGGCAUGGAUUUUUAAAAAUUAUUUACAGUCAUAUUUAAAUUUCAACCAGAAGCUGAUAAAUAGAUCCGUUUAUCAUACACAGAAUUAUUCCUGCUUACCUUUACCUUCAACCUUGUCAUGAAACGAGGUUCGUUGAAAAGAUACACGAUGUUUACAGUAUUGACACGUAGAGUUUCUACAACAAAGUACAUGAAAAUAAGUAAUAGGUUUGCCUGGAGCUAAGACAUACUGGGGAAAAAAUUAAACCUAUACCAAGUUUCUUUUGAACUUUGAGGAGUAUUCUGACCCCCUAAUUGCAGCAGUGAAGUUGAAAAGAAUCAGUACUUCCUCUGGUGACUCACGUAAACCGUGGUUCAGGCUUGUUGCCUUCGAGCCUGCGGUGUCAUUGCAGAAAUAGAAUAAUACUGGGACUACUUUGUGGUACAGACUCAUCUUCCUGGUGUUGAUCAGUGCAUAAUGCCACCUCAGGAAUUAACUGGCACUGGGGAUCCCCUCAUCCCUUCCACCGGCCUCUGCAGUGACUGUGACACCCAGGGGACUCGUGAGCGAAGUACGCUGUUGGUGACAGUUCAUCAUUGAUUUACGUGUCCGUGGCUGUUCACUUUGUUCCCAUGUAAUCCAUGUGUUCUAAAUAUUUUGCCAGAUUUCUUGUAUUUAUUCCACAUCGUUAUACCUGUAACGUGCAGCUUCGUAAUGGGGUAUUUGCCAACUUUUCUUUUGUAAUUAGUGACAUAUGUAAAGACAUUCGUAAAGGUACAUUUUAAUACCUGUUAUUUUAUACUGAAUUAGCCCUGGAGGUUGACUGUGCAAUGUUAUUUAAUGUGUAAAUUACUGUAUUAUCAGCAUAUGGGCCCCAUCUGCACACUCCUGAGAAGUAGUGUAUUCAGAUGUUAUCAGUUUAAAGAAAAAUAAAGCUGUGAUAAGCGCUGCCCUCCUGCCUGCGUGGGAGCUCCUCCCACAGGGACCUGCCGUGGCAUAGCGGCUUCCAGACCAAGUGAGUUUUACCUUCUGUACUGUGCUGUGCUGUAGCUUUCUUCUGUAACAGUUCUAUUCUGAAAUGAAGUGUAUUCUUGCCUUAGCAAAGGGUGGUGUUUGGAAAAAAAAAAAAAAGAACAAAACUAUGUAGCCCCUUUUUAACCCAAUGUUCACCCAGAACACGGACGCAAACGUUUAUCCACGUUCACAGGUGCACACUGAAACUUUACUUGAACAGUUCUCAUAAUAAAGCACUUGUCUUUUGCUCUUUA